CGCGCCGUGAAGUUCGCUCGCGCUGUCUCGACCAAUCAUUCUAUCGAUCUUCGUCCGUAAAUCGCGCUUAUUGGUGCAUUGUUUGCAUAAAUUAUGCUCAGAUAUCUGGCGCCGGUAACAUUAGGUGUCUGCGCUGUCAGUGCGGGUAUUUUUAGUGCGAAACCAGCGCCGAGUAAGAGCAGUAAUUGUGUGUCGUCUGCUGUCGCGAGGCUGUUGGUCGCAGCGCGUUGCCACAGUGGUGGUACAGGACUUGCUGAAACCAUGGAUUAUACGGACGAGGCCGAACGUAUGGCCCAGCGGGUGUAUGAAUUGUACAGUGACAGUGAUUGGAAGGUUGCCAAAACUUCGGAUAUUCCCAUAGAGUCUACACAGAAGGACAUCCGAAUUCUCUACAAGAAAUCUGCUGAAUUUGACGGCUAUGUUUACCGAGCUGAGUGCACGCUCGAUGCAUCGCCGGAGAGGAUUCUGAAGUACAUUCUGCCAACUCCAAAGGGACUAAGAGGCAAAUGGGACAAGAACGUCAAGGAGUCCGAAGUCAUCGAGCACAUCAAUAAGGAUCUAAUCGUUGCAAGGUCAGCCACGCACAGCGCUGCCAUGGGCCUAAUAUCUUCACGAGAUUUCCUGGAUUUGAUCUACGUCAAGCGGUACCCGACUAAUAACAUGGUGUGCACCCACUCCAAAAGCAUCAAACGUAAGGAUUGCCCUCCCCGGGAUGGCUUCGUGCGGGGUACCAACUAUCAUGGCGGUACAUUCUGUGUACCAGUAGACGGAGAGAGCAACAGGACUCGGGUAGUGAACAUGGUGCAGUCAGACCUGGGAGGAAUGUUGCCUCAGACGCUGGUCGACUCUGCACUGCCUAGCAAUCUCGUCGACUUCUUCGUGGAUCUAGACAACGCCCUCAAGUCCAAUAUAGAAUAGAAAGCCGGCAUGCUGGAAGAGGAGGAACUUCGAGGGGUUUACUUGAAAAAGGAGAACAGUCUUUCGCUGGUUACCCUGUUUAAUGUUAUUGCGCGAAUUAAAUACGCGAGGCUGGCGACCAGCCAAUUUUUCGCCCUUGAAUCAUUUCCUAUAUAGGCAUAAAUUACCCCGGUCCAUAAGAUAUUGUUCUGUGUUCUAAUGAACACUUAAAGUGCACUCUUUGUGAGACUGAAUACUUAAAAAAAAAUGUGAAGAAAAACAAGUUUUCUUGUGAAAGACUUUGUGUUUCCAGUUUUAAUAUUAAGCCGGAAAUUCAAUCGUACUCUCUGAAAUCAUUUUCGGAUUAGCUAAAGAACCUUCUAAUCUUACAAAAUGACAAACUGCGUAUACGGGAAGUUGGGGCUUUAUGAAAGCAAAAUUUUAAAUCCAUGUUGGUAAGACGUUUUUGCGUGCGAUAAUUAGUUAACGCUUUUAUGAUGUGUGUCACACAUUGGUAAAGUGUAAAGAAAAAAAACAUUUCGUAUUAAGUGUUGUGAUGGCAACUUUUAUGACAUAAAAUGUCACCAUAUUCCUUUGAAUGAAAGUGGAAAAAUUACAACUUAUUAAAAUAACACUAUUUAAGCUUGCUAUACGCACGUUUGUAAUUGAUGCAUGUAAAGCAAUGUUCUUUAACACACUUGAAAAUAAACAUUAUGUGAAUAACAUUUUCAAUGGUAUGGUAAAGGAAAAACGAGCGAAGUAUCCGAACUUCGACGUAAUUUGAAUUUGAUCGUUGAAGUUCAGUGGGAGAAGGAGGUUAUAUCGACAUGCUGUUGUGCGUUUUUCAUCAAGGAGUUGAAUCAAGAUCUACUCAGAUUAGCUGGCUGUAUGGUCUUGUUAGCAUUGCAAGCAAUUAGUGACGUGGAGGAGCGGACGGGUGUAUGUCGUCAGGUUACCCAUUGACUAAUUACUCCGAGCCGGCAUGGGCUUUGGAAACGAUGAGAUAUCAGUUCUAUCAGUAACUUCUAAUGAAAGAUUUGUGAUUAAAUCCUGACCAAAUCUGAGCAACAGAUCAAACACGUUCACUUAGGGAUUUUUUGGUCUCGGGAGAUGCUGAGUUUGAGAUGGCUUGCACCAAUUAAAGCUACAGAUGAGAGAUGUAAUAAUGUGUUAGGUUGGAGGCUAGCUGUUCGCUUUGGACAUGACCGAACAAUGACAUUAGCAAACUCCAUCAUUUGAUGGAAGUUACCAACUGAUGAAGUUUCACGAGGGAAAAAAUGUGAAAUAUGUUUGAUGGUAGUGUUGUCCUUGCCUGGCCUACCGCCAUGGGUGUUGAUAUGCUCAGGUUCGCGUGCUUCAAGCUCCACGUGAUGCGCCGGCCGACUCGGCAGGAGUAAAAUUGAUCGUCAGCGGCUGUGGCACUGGGCGAUUCGAACAACCGACUCGAUUAAACGAGAGUCGUUCUAGCAAUCGGAUAUGACGCGUGCCACUAGCCACGCAGGACACACUGCAUGCUGCCCGUUGGGGGAUUAAUAUUGUCGAUGGGGGUUUGAUUUUCGAGCCGCUCUUCUUCGCUUGUACUUAGACCGUUCGGAAUCAUAUCAGUGACGCCCGCUAGCGACGCCUGACGAGGCAUCGUGGCGGCUAGGAGCUUGAUCUUGAACACGGCUGGCUGGUGUCGAGGACUUCCAAGUCAUUUCGAUUCAUUUCCAGUGGGCUUUCUCAGAUUCCCUUUUCAUCUUAAGUUUUCACGUGUAACUUGCUCAUGAAAUUUUCAAGUGUCUAAACGUGCGACUGACCUAAACCCCAACUAUAUACGUACAUGCACUUCGAGCGCUCUUGAUAACAGAAAGACAGUAAAACGAGUAACAACCAUUCGAACUUUAUCAUUGACAAUUAUUUUUCCAUUAUAUCCUCUUACUAAAUGAAAAGAUACGCCGAUGAUAGCGCUUUGCAAUAGUUAGGACUCUGACCAGACGACUCGUAACCCUGUUAAAAUCGAUUUCUUUCACUGGGCGGUAUUAAUUUCGGCGGUCAUAAUGUACCAUGAUUCCAUCACUCCGGUUUGGACAAGUGCCAAAGGUUGUGAAAUGAAGGUGUGGCUUUCAGCGGAGGCUCAUACAAACGAACUAAAUUUUACUCAAAGGAAUGUUACUACGCCGAUAUUGAAAAAAAAAAGAAAUUUCAUCACAAAAUCUACUGAACCAAUUGUAAUUUUAACUUUUGAAACUGGGCACUUUUUGAACCAUGGAAAAAUGCAUGCGCAAAAGUACAAGUAUUGUGAGGCGCAUCUUCAAGGCUGGUCGGAAUCUUUCGACAUCGACAUAUCUCUCAUAGUUGUGAUUAUUUCGCUGAUGUCAAUAUGUAUUUCAUUAUUGAACGAAGGCUUUAAAUUUAGUUGGUUGCUUUCCAAAUAUUUCAUUUUACAAAGACGCACAAAGAACGAGCCGAUCAGUCUUGGAACAUAAGAAAAAAUCCAAUUGGUCGAUUUCUGGCGCCACUGACGGUUUCAAAUAUCCUGGAUGUGUUUACGAGCAUUAUGACGUCAUUAGGUCCAAUCCUUUUAAUCGUACAUUGGAUGCGUACAAGUUGAACGGGAAGCUUACUUUUUGUUUAUCGUGUGGGGUUCUGGUAAUGAUUUCCAACUUGCUUUGGCCUCUUCUCUAAACACUUUCCAUCUCGCUUCUAAAAAGAAGGCCAUAUUAGCGGAAGUUGACGCGACAAUUGCAGCGGUAGGCGAACUCAACUCCGUCGAAGACUUGAGGUGAACGAACCCGAACGCGGAUCCAUAAUGAUUGAUCGGGAUGUCCUCUCGCCUCGUUUGUCGGCCUUGUCGUCACGUCACGGUGUUCCAGCUCGAUGACUAAGCCUUGCUCGCCCUGCAGUUAGUUAAACCACACCACGCAGCUCUGCCCGCAAUCUGUGCUAAUUGUUUGUGCCCGGGCUCUGGAGGCCAUGGCCCUCGCAUUAGUACCCGUCUGACAAGUUUAGAAAUAUCAUCCACGCGGUAAAUGUCUCGAAGAUGACUCCAGUAAUUAACAUUCCAACCCUUAGGACCUUCUCCUCACUUUCUGGUUUUCUCUUGGAGGUUCGAUUGACACGGCUCGGCACUGAUAAUGUCGUGAUGAUAGUAACUGUCAUUUGUCGCAUUCAUUAAUACAUCAUGUAGUAUUCACAUUUGUCAUCAGAACAUGCCAUAGAUUAAGUCUAUGAGAUAUGGAACAGAAAAGCCAUGUACGUUAAAAAAUGUACCCGCGGCAGUAUUGGACCAAAUGAAGACUGUUUAAAGACAAACGUGUGCAAAAUUUUGGCAACUAUGUUGCGAUUUGACUGAAGCUCAGCGCAUUGAUAUUCCUGUAACUGCUUAACAUAAAAGUAGCUUUGGUGGUAAGAGUGAUCCAAUCAUACGAUAUUGUGGACCCUUGGGGUCAGGUUUAUUAUAAUUAUGCAUAUUUGAUGUUUGUUCUCGCUGGUGCUAUGCAGUAUUUUGUCUCAGUACAUCUAUGAACCUGUAAGUCACACAUGAAUUACAGCUUUCUAGAAAUGAACCGUCAGCUGCUACUAGAAUGGAUAGAUUAUGUAAUAAGACAUUGUUAAGUCCAUCUUUGUAUGGUCUAUCGCUUCUCAAACGCUAACCUUGGGUAUAAAUUUCAACUGUUCUCAAUCCAAACCUGUUUUCUGUCAAAAACCAUAUUAAGCUGUUUAACUGGUAUGCUGAUUAAUUUUAGUUAGGGAUAUUAGUACCCUUGGAAACAAAAACAAGACCAAGUUCAAACUCUACUGCAUGUACACCUGUAUUCAACCCUUUGAUUUGAUAGUAAUCCAAUCUUUGUUAGUUUACUCUGGUUUUUCUGGCUACAUGUAUUUAAUUAAAUCUUUCUCCAGUCUCUUUGGCUUAUUUCCAUUUAUCAUUUUGUUCUGCAUUUUUUGUGUGAAAUUUCUUCGAGAUCUUUUACUUUCUUUAUGAGUAUAAGUAAAAUGUAAGUUGAAUCUCAAGCAGCUACUGGUGGUGACUUGCAAGCAUGCCACUACAUUUAUACUAAAAGAUUGCAUUAUUAAUAAAUAUGUUCAUAUUAAUGUAAUGGCUCAUUGAAUGGUGUGUAGUGUGUUGCUGCAGAGAUAUUCUUUGAGAAUUAUCUCCAGAAUAGAGCUCCGUAGUGUUGUGCUCUGCUAACAGUGAAACAAACCGCCGUGUACCAAAUAUUAAGAUAUCACAAAGCUACGAAAUAUUUUCUUGCUUAUGACAGCUAUAGUACAUUUUAUGGAACUGUCUUAAAAGAUGGGCACUUUGGGCUGAAUGUUUUAUGUGAUGUGUAUUUAGAUUGGCUAGCCUACUUCAUGUAAUAAAACUAAUUGCUAUGGCAUUUUUCAGAUUAAAGGUGGCUGAUUAUGUAGAAUG